CAACUCCAUGACCAUAUUAUAAAGGCUCUCAAUUCAAUAAUUCUCCUGUAAAAGUUGCAGCUUUACAGAUUUUCUCUCUCUCUGUACACCUGUAGAUUGUAGAACCAAGGACCAACUUGUAACCCUCUCUCCUUCUCUCUUUCUUUCUCUUCCUCUCUCUGUUGAGGGGAAAAAAAGAAGGAUUUUGAUUUUUUUUUGAAAGGUUGAAGGAUUUGGAUUUGAAGUCUGAUUUCAAUUUGUUGACAAUAUUCGCUGAAUGUUUUGAGCUGCAGACAACUCGGUGGAGACAAGCUUUGUUGAAUGAUUUUUGGACCAUCAAAGAAAUGAGUCGCGUAUCAGAAAUUCAUAGGCCUCGUUCAGGUAGGAGAAGAUUAAAAGAAUUAUUGCAACAAAGUGAUAAUCGUUUCUGUGCUGAUUGUGCUGCUCCAGAUCCUAAAUGGGCGUCUGCAAACAUUGGAGUCUUUAUAUGCUUAAAAUGUUGUGGUGUGCACAGAGGCCUUGGUUCACAUAUCUCAAAGGUUUUAUCUGUGACAUUGGAUGAGUGGACUGAUGAUGAAAUUGAUGCCAUGAUGGAAGUUGGAGGAAACUCUGCUGCUAAUGCUAUAUAUGAGGCCUUUAUACCUGAAACAGUUACAAAGCCAAGACCAGAUGCUAAUCACGAAGACCGAAGGAAAUACAUAAGGUCUAAGUAUGAGCUUCAAGAAUUUUUGAAACCUAGCUUGCGGAUAACAUCGGGAAAGCCUGCUAUUUCUAUUCAAUCAAGUUUUUCUAGGAAGAUUUUGGAUAGUUUUCGAAGUACAAGUACAUCACAAGACUCGGAGGAUGUGGAAUCUAUUGGAUUAUUGAAGGUGAAAGUUAAAAGUGGUACAAAUUUAGCUAUCAGAGAUAUGAUGUCAAGUGAUCCCUAUGUGGUCCUCACUCUUGGGAAACAGACAGUCCAGACAACUGUAAUGCAAAGCAACUUGAAUCCAACUUGGAAUGAGACACUAAUGCUGUCAGUUCCACAGGAUUUUGGGCCUGUAAAAUUGCAAGUUUUUGAUCACGACACAUUUUCAGCAGAUGACAUAAUGGGAGAAGCAGAGCUUGAUAUCCAGCCGUUGAUAACGUCAGCAAUGGCCUUUGGGGACCCAGAAAUGUUUGGAAAUAUGCAGAUAGGAAAAUGGCUGAAAUCACAUGACAAUGCCCUUAUAGAUGAUAGCACUAUUAAUAUUGUCGACGGAACGGUGAAGCAGGCGGUAUCACUCAAGCUCCAGAAUGUUGAAUCUGGGGAACUAGAACUAGAACUCGAGUGGCUGCCUCUUAACCAAUAGGUACAUACUACUAUUGUUCAUCAUUCUUCAUUAAUAAGAAUCUGUAAUACUUGACUGAGUUAAUCAAUAUAUACUUGUCUUCUUCUUUCAAUUUUAUUCA